AUGCGCCACCAGUCAUCGUCGCCUACUGUGAUUGACUUCAUAUCCGGCAGCUCUCACAUCUCAGAUGGAGACGACGAUCAGAACCAUCAGCAUUGUCCCCACGGAGCAUACGGAGCUCGACUGCCUGAACUGACCAUGGAUCCCAACCAGGCUCUUCAUGAACAUCUUGCGUUCAUGGUUGGGAGUCUCCACAAUCGUGUCUCCCGUCUCGAGGACAAGCUUCUUGAAGCCAAGCCUGAGACUAGUAAUGCGGCCGCAAUCAACGAGAUCAAAAGCCAGAUCUCGCAGCUUCAUGUCAGCCAGAAGGCUUUGAAGACGUCCGAUGAGCUCAUCCUGAAGCAGCUCAAGGAUGUGGUCAAAGCCAAUGAAGUCAUCAUGGCAGGCAUCGAUUCCAUCCUUGCAAAGCUCGACAAUCGAGCCAAGGCUGUGGAGGGCUUUAAGGGACGGGCUGAGCGGCAGCUCAAAGAUGAUGUUCUGCCUGCGUCGAAGCGCAAUCUGUACGAUUUUCUCAGCCCCAAGUUCGAGAGAUUCAAGCGAUUGAACACCCUGGAGCGUUCUGGCCUGGACCCGGACCCAUACGAGGAGAUGUAUGAGGACAUCUUCCCCCGGCAGCGCGAUGCUCCAAAGGCUCAAUCCAACGGUGCUUACAGCAACCUCUCCGGCCUCCACACCGGGCUCGAGGACAAAGAGGAGCAAAGCGCAACUGUAUCAUCAAUCACAGCUGCCGAGAAACUUACGUCUCUCAAGAACACCCCGGAGGUCCCCGACCACAGUCCUGGACUCCCCGUUCGGAAGAAGAUGGAUCCUACCUUGGCGCUUCCCAGAAACAAAGCUCCAGUUCGCCAGGGUAUCUGCCCAACAUGCAGCAAAGUGAACUGUACAGCUCGAGUUCACGGCCUGCCAGAUCGGGUCCCCUCGACUGUAGUUCCUCGAGCUCCUUAUUCCUUGGCCGACAUCCACUUUACUCGCAUUCACGGCACGGAACCAAUGGACCCUUGA